AUGACGCCUGUUGCAGAAUUCAAUACUCAUACAGACUCUGUAGUGGUGGCACGAGUGUAUGCUCUCACAUCAUCGAAACCGCACAUCACAAUUCCAGCACCCCCGGCACCUCUGGGCCAGAAGGAGGGCGUACCUCCUCCACCAUUCCUCUCCUCUCACCCAGAUAAUCUUUCAAAGCGGUUGAAUAUCCCAUUGUUCCCACUGGACAUCACUGAGAACCAUGUGCUCACUCGUGGCGAAUUUGAGGCAUCUCUUCAGCCACAGCUGGCUGCAAAGUCGCCUCUGGCAGAAUGGGUUUCAGCGUUUAUGAACGCUACGUUUGAGAAAGUCGAAUCACUUCAUCCAGAAGUUUCCAGAGACGCUGUGGGACUGCAACUCCAUGAUCCGCUGACCGUAUGGUAUUGCAUCGAUGAUGCCAACCCCAAAUGGAAGAUUACUGAGGGUGAAGAUUUAAGGGUGGAGACUGCAGGCCAGUGGACAAGAGGAAUCUGGUAA